AACGCGAACAUUCAAAUUAGUUCUAUCCCUUGGCAAAGGCUCUCACAGAAAUGGCGAUCAAGCUGUUACUCCUACUUGCGGUAUCCAUAUCGACCGUGCUGGGAUUCUUUCCUACACAGGAAAGUGGCAAAAUAGGAGACUACAGCCAUCAGAGUAUCACAGAACGCGCCCUGUAUGAAUCCGCCGCCGUUUUUAUCCGGACGUACAUUAACGCUGGAAACAAGUACGCUUCGCGGAGCGGCGUCGACGUCACUGUGGACUUUAUCAGGGGAGAUAGAUCGUACGAGGCAGUAUUCGGUACGGUAGUAGAAACGAUCGUCUGGGGAAACAACAACGCACAGCGGAUGUAUGCCAACGUUCCUAUGAGAACCAUGAACGCGGAAAUGAUUUUUGCAGGUAACCUGUUGCUACAAUCCCUGAGGGACCAGAUCGUGGUCCUCUCACUGUCCCCCAACCCUGACUGGAACAACGUCCGCAAGCUGAUCGGGGAGUACCUGUUCACCAUGCAGAUGUUUUACUCCAACACAAACUGGGUGGAGACGUAUGGUAACGUCACCUGUAACGAACUAGGAAUUCAAGGAAGAAGUCUGAUGCCCACAGCCCCACCAGAUGUCGCCACGUGCGCCGGAUGUGUAUAUUCCCAUCCUGCAGUAGACAAGCAUUCCUGUCAAAACAACAUACUGGUGAACGGACAGUACCUGACGAGCGGAUACCUGAGUGUUCAGGGCAUCCCAAAACCGACAGGAAACGACUCAGUAGGAAUUGGGAAAUGUAGUCACGGCGGGAAAGACGAUGCGUUUUCUGACGUAAACGCCAUUGGCGGGAUCAACAAGGAGACAUCUGACUCCAGCCUGUCCCCCCACUUCUUCCUUCACCACACGGCUGGGGAGGCCGCCAUACAGGCCACCAACCAGUUCUUUGUCGGGGAAGUUACCGGGCUUCUUGAUCAACUUGGACCUCGAUUGUUCGGAGAAUUGGUUGGACUACCUGUCGCCUGCAAAGACUGUUUGAAACCUGGAUUAUCCCUUGCUUACGUCAUUGACACGUCAUUGUCUAUGUCAAUCGACUUUGAACAAAUCAAGACAAAAAUAACAGAGACGAUACAGUCAUCUCUACAUGAGAACAAGACCAUGCCCUCCGAUUUUAUCCUCUCAACAUUCAGUGACCCAGUUUCACUUAACCACGUGCGGAGCACGACAGACGGAUAUGAAAUGAUAAGCUGGAUUCAAGACAUGAAACAGGAGGGCGGAGGGGAUUGUCCGGAGUUCUCCUUCCAUGGAUUACUGGCAGCGUUGAAGAUAAUUCGGCCGGAUUCCUGUUUAUUCUUUUACUCCGAUGCCGAUCCAAAGGAUCCCGAGUUAGAGUAUGCAGUUCUACAAAUAGCUGCUCAGAAGAACGUCCAUAUCGCAUUCCUGAUUAAGGGAACUUGUAAUACCGGCAUCCCUUUCCUCGCUCGAUUGGAAAACUCUACCAAAGCCACCUGUUUGAAGCAGUCUCUAGACAAAGACAGAAGAAAGCGCAGUACCGAUCAAGACAUUCAUCAACCCUGGAACAAGCUCUAUUCUUUUGACAAGGCUUCACAGAAAGGGUACAACUUUUCUACACUGGUAGUGGUUGGUUUGGCAGCAGUUGCAGUGGUAUCGCUGUUGGCAGUCAUUGCGCUACAGAAACACAGAACUCACAGGAAACAACCAAUCACUGAGCAAGGAAAUCAUCGCGUGACAUUUCCCCAAACAGAUUGAGCGAAGACAGAAUAUGCUAUUAGCAUAGGCACAGAAAGACAAGUGAAUGCCUGGCAUUCCUGAUCAUUAUGUUUGUUUUGUUUAAGUUGCUGCCUGUUUAACAGUGCUUCUGAUGUCUCUAUUGCAAUGCUUGUAUAAAAAUGAAUUACUAAGUUUAAUAAUAUUUUGGUUCAUAACGCUUGCCUUCAGUGGGUUUAAGAUACAUGUAAAUGUACAAGAUGUACCAUUUCGACGAUGCACUGCUAUGUACCCCGUUUGGGUAAGGUGCCGAGUUUUUACAACUUUUAUGCUAUAAAAGUAUUCCAAGGUCCAAAGUGUAGUUCUUAUAUACAUAUGCAUGUAUAACCACUUUUAUUUCUCGUGUGCGUCUCGUAUAUUUGGAAGGAAAAAACUGUAUUUUCAAAAUAAGCAUCCCCAAAGAAAAAAGAAGCAUUCCCAUGGGAGAAUAUUUUCCAGUAAGAAUAUUGAUAAUAGCAUUCUAUACUGAAAAAAAUCUAAUUGUUUUACAUCACUGUCAAAGUUUUUACUUUUGUCUAAAUCAUUAUUUCUAAUUAUCAGCUACAGAGAGUGCUUUUUAUAAAGAAAGCAAUAUGCUUUAAUUCUAGCUGAAUUCUGAAACUUAAGUUGAUUUAUAACAUGUACAUGUAUUGCUGACACUGCUUAAGAACGAUAACUUCUAUUAUGUUGCUUCGAACAUUAGAAAUUAAAAUGGGUAAAUUAUA